AUGUCCACAAUAAAGAAACCUUUACCACGACCAAAGCAACAAAGAUGUGAAAUUUGCCAAAGAAAUUUCUCAUUAUUAUUAUAAUAACAUUAAUGUAAAAGAUGUAAACGAGCAGUUUGCUUUGAUUGCGGAAAGUUUAAAGCUAUUAUUGUCGACUAUGAUCUCAAAACUUAACAUCGAUGUUGUAUUAUUUGUAAAGAGGAAUAACUCGCCAUUUAAGAUAUUAUUUCUAAGGAAUAGUUAUCUUUUAAUAAAAAUUCACUAAUAACUAACUAAUGGCUUAGAUACUCUCUCGACAAUGUUCGAGAACAAGAUCUCAUUGAUGAAUACUACGCGAUAUUAGGGUAAAGUAAAAAUAAUUUGCCACCGUCAGCAGCUGAAGAACUAAAAUCCAUCCCAGUUAUAUUGAACUAAAUUCGCAAUUAGUAUAACUAUUCUAUGAAAGAAUUCGACUAUUACUUAACUAAAGAUUUAAUGGAUAAUAUGUCAGCAAUAUUUCUAUAAUCAGUAUUGUAAUGUCUGCUCUAUAAAAAUCCAAACAUUCAAAUUAAUCAAAAUUUAGUUUAAAUGACAUAUUUUCUAUUGUGUUUUCAUUCUUCGCCUCUUGUGUUUCAUUUUAUCAAUUGUUUUAGAGAAGAAAUUUCCUUAGGAAGAUUCUUAGAUUAAAACGAUUCGAUCAAAGAUUACGAGAUAGAUUUUCUAUUAGAAAUUGGAAAAAAAAAUUAUCUAAUUGAGCCAACCGAUUUGCUUUAUUUUAGGAAAUAUUUGGAGAAACAUGCUGAGAAGAUGUUGUCAAAUACUUUCUUUAAUUUUGUCAAUGUGUAAUGUCUAAUAUUUAUUUAUGAUCAUGUUUUAAAAUUUAGAGAUUACUUUGAAUUAGAAAAAAUUGCUACUUUGAUUGGAUCAUUAUAUCUAAAUGAUUUCAAGUAAAAAGGGUUAGAUGAUGAAUAUUUCACUAAUUAAAUUAUCAAGAAUACCAAGCCAUCGGUUUUAAAGGAAUAUUUAAGUAAAGAGGAUAGAAUAAGACUUAAUGACAAGAGGUAAACCUAUUCAAAGAGUGAAGACAUAUUUCUAUUGUAAUUUCAACAAAAAUUGGAUCACUAAAAUGAAACAAAACAGAUUCUAUAUUUAUUAGAUGAUUGCUUGUUAAAAAAAUAGCCAUUAAAUAAUCAUCAUAAAUAACUUAUAUCCUAAUUGAAUUAAAAACAAUAACAGAUAAUAAAUGAUCUAUUGAAAAUCAAUUACAAUAAACCCAAAGAGCAAGAUGAAAGUUAAUUAUAUCAUAAAAUUGAAACCCAUUCAAAUUCUUCUACUCAAAUUAAAUUUGAUAAAAGUGAAUUAGUAGAUUGA